CUACUUACAAAAAUCCAACAUGGCGUCCUGCCACAUCAAGAACAAUCUCGCCGCUUUGAAGCAGCUUCCUCGAGUUGCUUUGAACAAUAUCAGGGAUUUACCGGAUGCUUUUAUUACGGUAGGUGCUUAUCUUAUUCUUUUUUGUUUAAUAUUCGAAAUGGUAGGCCAGAAUUGAAUACGCGUACCGCUAAAUUGAAGCGCUAUAAUAUUCAUAGGCACUUAGAUUGCCUGUUUUAUCCUAUGAACGAUAGUGUGGAGUCAGACAUAGAAGAUACUCUUAAAAAAGGUCUUAUUUCUUCCAAAGAGAGCUCUACGAUUUAUGUAUUUUGCAAACAGAAGCUAAGUGAUCGUGCCAUACUACCAAAUAAUAAUAACCCGGCGUAUCCAAUCGAUGCAAAUCGAUGAUCGGAAACCAAUCGAUCAAUCGAUAUCAGUCGAUAAAAUCAGUUAAUUGGUAUCGAUUGGUAUUGAUCAAUCGAUGAUCAGGUGAUGACAACACAAAAACAGUUCAUCAGUUGCUAUCGACUGGCACAGCAACCUUGAACAGAUGUCAUGCACACUACCUGCCCGAUCAUCCAACAUUUUUAGGAAGCCCUGGGGAUGAAAUUGGUAAAACAAUUCUGAUCCAGUCUAGUCAAUGCAAAGAAUAUACCUUGUUGCACAAAAGAGAUGUAAGAGUUGCCUCUAGCAACCUUAACCUCUUUGAGUGUUCUCCAAACUUGUUAGAGUGCUUCAUAUCUUGACAUACGCACACGAAUUACGAAUUACAACAUGUAAAUUGGCUGCCACCAAGGACUAUCGUGUCUUCUAACUAGUCCUUAUAGCAUAAAAUUAAAUUUUGGUGCUGUCCAAUUAACCUUAUAAUAAAAUAAAGGUGGAGUAGGUGGACGACUGUGUCAUUUUGUUUGGGAAGAAUUUGUUUUCCAGGCCUAAUCUACAAUGAUUAAGAGCCAUUAUGCUCUUGACUGUGAUCAAAGGUGAUUGCUAUUUUGGGGGUGUACAUAUAGGGCUAUUAACUCAAUUUAAGAUUUGUUUCACUCUUGGACUGUUAGCAAAUUAUUUUUCUCUGAAAUCAGUUAGCCUUUCCCUCAAAAGUCACAUGAAUGUGCUAUAAAGUUAACUGAUUUGUGGAUUGCAAGUUUAUUUUGUUUGAUUUAAAUUAUAAAAUUAUUAACGAGAGUUUUGCUUUUAGCUCUGGCUAAGUCAAUAUGUUGGAUUAAUAAGAUGUUGUUGUUCAAUAUUAAACCUCAACUUCAACUUCAUUGCUUCUAUCCCAUAUUAAAAUUUAAUUUAACAUUUAUUUAAUAAAAGUUGUGAUAUUCUUUUAUCAUCAAUUCAAGUGAAAUAGAGCCACGUACUUUAAUACAGACACCUCUGUAAUGUGGUCACUUGGUUCUGUCCCUUUGGUGUCUGUAUUAUGGAGGUUUGACUGCAAUACAAACACCUUUGUAAUGUGGACACUUGAUUCUGUCCCCUUAGUGUCUGUAUUAAGGUGGUUUGACUGUAAUACAGGCACCUCUGUCUGUAAUGUGGCUAUUUGGCUCUGUCCCUUUGGUGUCUGUGUUCAGGACAUUGGACUGCAAUAGACACCCCUGUAAUGUGGACACCUGGCUCUUUCCCUGAGGUGUCCAUAUAUUAGGGAGGUUUGACUGUAGCAUCAUAUCAGAGCACAGAGCACUUACAAGGAGGUUUCUUUUUUGAAUGUACAUGCCAUGUGAUUAUUUUAAUCCACAGGAUCAAAGGUACAUGUAAGAACUACAUUUACUAAAGGUCUCUAUAACUGACUGUGGAAAAUUACACUCCAAACACUCCCAAGCAUUCCUUUUUGUUCCAGCAUGUGGGACGAAUAGUUGCCUGGUACCAGGCUCCACGCACUCGGCUCGCUUCACUCACCAUUUUUUAAUGCCAUUUCACUCCAUUUUUUGCCAUUUUUUCCUCACAUCAGAGUCUGGUACCAAGCUAGACAAAAAGGGCACAGACGUUCACAAGAUUUUGACCCUCAAAUGAGUUGCAGAGAUAAAGUUAUUAGGGACUUUAAGAUCCAAUGGCGCAACGCCAAUGAGAACGUUGCUUAAAAAGUGAAUUUGCAUUCUUUCGGUAUGUAUUUCAAUAAUUAUUCCUACCCACUUACUUUGUCAAUUUUAGGUGAACCCUCCUGGAGUAGAAUUCCUAGCACUGCUUAAAAUAAUUUUUGGACAGUGGCUGGCACGAUGACUGACCAACGAAAUUUUUGCUCAGUCAAGUCUCGUUUUCAGACUGGUCCAAACAACCCGGGAAACAAUGUGAAAAAAGUGAACUAAUCCUUGUGUAAUUUUCUAUUAAUGAACAUGAUUGAAUUUUUACAAAGAGACAAAAUCUAAGAUUUACAUGUGAGUUUUUGGCUGUUUGUUCAAGAAUAGGAGUCUGUGUGACCGGUCAACAUGAUCGACGAGUGGAACUUUUGGCCGGUCAAGACACCAUUGUGACCGGACAUUGUCCUUUGACCGGCUGUUAUUCUGAGCCCUGCCUAGGGACCAUAUCCAAGUUCAGAAAGAGAAAUAAAACUUCAUCUUUGCUAGUUUAAGUCCUCCAUAAAACGUGAAAUUUGGCAAUUUCAUGUCGUAGUCAUGCAAAAACAGGCAAAGAAAUGUUAAGUGUGAUGCACAAGCAAAGUUGUUGUUUUGCUUAUAAAACCUACUGUUUUUUUGACAUUCUCAUUGCUGUCUGUGUCAUUGGAUCUUUAAGUCGCCAUUUAUAUCCCACAAAUUAUUGUAGAAUUGUUGGUGUCAUUAUGUUUAACUUAGCAGCAGAUAUACUUAUGUUUGAUAGAAACAACGGAAAGGGCGUGGUCCUGGAUCAGGAAGGGGCAAAACAAGUGGACGUGGCCACAAAGGACAAGGUCAGAGGAACACCAAACCCAGGCUUGGGUUCGAAGGUGGAAACACCCCAUUCUAUCUUGCAGUACCCAAGCAUGGGUUCAAAAAUACGUAAGUAAAGUUGAAAUCCCAUUGCUUAUUUAUUUACUUAAAAGCUUCCCCAAAAGGCCUGGAACACUCAAGAGCAAGCUCCAAUAUUAGGUCCAAUUUUAAUAAAAAGGCCAAUCAAAAAUAAAACUUAAAUGGUGGGGAUAAACAUUGUGAUAUUUUGCAUUUUAAAAUCAACUUGAUGUUUGGUAUGCCAAAAGUGUUCAAAAGUGACUGUUCCAGAUUAUGACAAUACUAUUUUUACAAAAUUGAUAAGGCAGAAAUGUGUAAUAUGCUGUCUUUAGCAGCCUUUUUCAUCAAGUCUGAGGGUGUGUUCCCUUGGGAUAACCUGGAUCAGGAUUGAAUCAAGAUCUCUUAGGUCAUGCUGGGUUUAAUUUUCUGCUGCAGUAACCUGGGAUCAGGCAUUUUUUUUCUGGGACUGAUGCAGGUAUGGAUGCAACUUAAUGUGUUAGGUUUGGGUUUAGGGUUCAAGUCAUAAUGAAAGUCACUUUUGCUCACCUACAAUUAAACCACUGCUUUAAUCAUGGAGUAUGAAAGGAAACCCUAAAUUCAAUCUGGACUACAGUGUAGGGUUUAUUGGUGCCUUUGAGCUGAGUGAUCAUGGUUCGUAAACCCUGAUCUGGAUCAUUCCAAAGGAAUGCACCAUAAAAAAUAACAAACAGGACUGUCAGGCAGCAGCCAGCAAAAAUCACAACCAAGCCUUUGCCAGCUGCUCUGAUGGGCUAAUAUUUCUCUGAUUUUUUAGUACAAGAUGGCAAAAUCAGCUAACUAUUUCACAAACAGGUGUCAUGCAUACUUCGAAACUUUCUUACACCCUUUUAACUUGUCUUUUGACCUGUAGGAAACAAAAGUUCUUUUCACCUUUGAAUUUGAACCGGCUUCAGUUCUUCAUCGACAGUGGGCGUCUUAAUCCUAAAGAACCUAUUACAAUGUACCACCUUUGGAGAUCAGGUGCAGUAGGUGGAAGGAUUAAGGAUGGGGUCAAGUUGCUUGGAACGGUAAGUCCUCCUUAUUUUUCUCGUACUGCCACCUGGUAUAGUUAAUUGAGUGGAAUGGUUAUGAAACCCGUCAGACUCCUUUGUUAUAUGUUUUUGUGGACCUGAAAGUGCACAACGUUCAAAAGAAUUCCUAUCAUUUUGAUUGUAUUGACCAAUAAAAACGUUGCAUUAAUUUAUUCCGUAACAAUUUGCCAACAGAAAACAAAGGAUUGUGUACUUUCACGGUGCUUUGAACAUAAACUGCAGCACUGUUGUUUUUAUCGUUGAUGUUUGCCGCUUUUCAUAACCAGUCUCCUCUAAUAACUAUGCACCUGGUGAGCCCAUAAUUUGGAAGAGUGCCGGUCUGCUGAGUGGGAGGUCGUGAUUUUAAACCUCCCUACAUGAUAUUAGCCAAACCUAACACUGAUGAGCAAGAACAAUAGAUUUUGCUCACUAGCAUUAGGUUUAGGUCAUGUGAAAGUUCAGGGUUUUGACGUAAGCCUCAAAGUGUAUUAUUUUUUGUAAAUUUUUAACUUUUAAGCGCUCCACUAGCUGAUUGGAGUGGGUUGCUUUGGCCAAUGUAUUGAUGACCGAAUUUUGUCCCUGUGUACAUUUACGAUUUUUAAACAGUAUUGUUUAUCCAUUUUUUAUUGCUGUUGUUGUUUCUCUAUUGUUCGGCUUUUUACCGUUUGUUGAAGCCAUAAACAUUAAAAAUUCCAAUGCAGGGCACUAGAUUUAAAUAUUCAAAAUGUUAGAGAUAUUCACUUACAAGUAAACACUUUUCCUUGAAGUAGAGGGAACAUGAAAUUCUUCACUGUACACUGAUUGCACUGAGUAUGUGAAUUGUUCAUUCUAUUAUCGCUUGCGAUUAAUUGCUGUUAAAUUACUCACAUCAAUCACUUAAGGUGCUUACCAAAAUGUCAAAACUGGCUGGCUAGACCAAUCAAUUUGAAAAUGAAAUGGGCCUUUCUGGAGAGUCCUCCAUUUAAUCCAGCACUUUAUGCGUACUAUUUAUAAGUCGACUUAUCUGGCCGGACAUCCCUGAUUAAACAUUAAUGAAAUUCUCUUUACGACUGGACCAGAGGCGACUGAACUGGUCUGGCGGACCAGUUCUGCCUAAAGGUAAGCGUGAGCUAGAACAAGUCGUCGAUUACUCAUUAUAAAAUCACCGUGCCAAUAGUUUGCCUUAUCUCUAGCAUGUAGUUUAUGCGGGAAGUGGACUUUUUGUAUUCUUGUGUGGUGGUUUUGCCCACAUUUUGGGGGGAAAUUUGUCGCUGUAAGAGUAGACGCUUAGCGAUAAAAAUUUAGUAGCGUCAAGGCAUAACAAAAGGGAAAAUGCCUUACUUCCGGUUGGCGUCCGUUGCUCAAAACCUUCUUUGCUUAAGCUCCCUUUGAAACAUGUUACUUGGACCUUUUUGAGUCUUAUAAGCAGCUGGGUAGUCAAGGAAAGGUAACAGAGUAAGAGAAAAAUUUUCUUAUCCACUUCUCCUUCGGACAAGUACUAUAUUAAAUUUGGUUGUGCGAAAACCAAGGGUUCUUGUCCAAAAGUUUUGCCUGAAACUCGGGCAUUUAAUGAUCUUCUCUUGAUUCACUUCAUUUUUUGCAGGCAUCCCAGAUAUUUUCUUUUCUCGGUUGCUUUGAAAGAAAAUCUAACAAUGAAGACUGUACUUUUUGGACUUUUUGUGAUUCCACCAUUAUAUCAACUCAAAUUUUGAGCCAGGGAAUGAGUUCCGUCUUAACAGAAGUAAUUUUACAGUAAUUUGAGGUCAAUUUUCAACUGUUUAAGUAUUUUUCUAAUUAAAAAUUCACUUGUCCGACGGACAAGUCAUGCCAAAGGUUUACAUGUCGGAACUAAAUUAUUUUCUACCUGUCCUGGACGAUCGGACAUAGGUUUUUACGCACUCUGAUGUUUGUAAAGGACUAACUAUCUGAGUUAUUAAUUUUUGCAUUUGCUGUUUUUUUUUUUUUUUGUAGGGGAAGACCUGGUUCCAGGCAAACGUUGAUAUAGAAGUUAGCCAAGCUUCAAAAACUGCAAUAGAAGUUAUUGAAAAACAAGGAGGAAAAAUCACUUGCGCACAUUAUAACCGACUGGGACUACGUGUUUUGCUUAAGCCGGAGAAAUUUGAAGGGCGGCCAAUUCCAAGACGAGCACGCCCACCGAACAAGCUAAUGGAUUAUUAUACCAACCCAAAAAACAGAGGAUAUCUUGCGGAUUCUGUUGAACUUGAAAAAGCCAGAAAUGUAAACAGGCUUCAUAACGAAGUGGACUGAGAAUUAGCUUUCGUAUGUUAUUAAGUGUGAAACAAUGUACACUGAUCUUAAGAAUUAAAAUUCUGUUUGUAU